GAUAUAUAUUGAUUGCGGCAAAUCGUUCCGCCGCCUAAUUUUGAAAUCCGGAACAAACUACGGUCUUGUAGCCAUUUCUUGACCUUGGUCGUCUCCAGGGCGUGAGGUUUGAGUUGUGCUGCACUGGGGAAAAGAGAAGCCGGUGGGGCGUGAGGUUCUAUGCAAAGAAGUAUUUUGAUUGUUUUCUUGCCACUGUUCCUGUUUCUGUUCUUUGAUAUUGGUUCAUUGUUCUGUCUUGAUUCAGUGCGUUUGUGAAGGUUCGAUUGAAGGCUGGCAUCGGACGAAUAUAUCAAUCUUCAUCGUUAAUACUGGUGGAGCAAGAUUCUGAACAGAUUACAAGUAAGACAGUUGUUGCCCAAGUCUGGGUGAUUGAAGCAGAGGAUAUAUACGGUUCGUAUUUGUUUUUGUGCCCGUGAGGCAUAAGCUCCUCCACUGGUUGCUGCUUCGGAUUGUGAGAGAGAAUAAUUACUGUGCUUCGGGUGGUUUUGGGUUUAGAGUUAUCUCUCAAGGAAUGAGCUUUUCCUCUGUAAAGGAAGAAGAAGGCCAUGUCAGAAAAACAAGUUAAUGUAGUAGAUUGCAACAGAAAAUCAGAUGCUGUUAAUGUAGAAGGCAAUAAAAAAAGGAAGAAGUGCAAGUCUGACAAACGGUAAUGCAGAGGAUUGCAACAGAAAUGUGGAGGGGGUUAAUGUAGUAGAUAGUGAAAAAAGGAAGGAGGCCACAUCAAAGGAACAUGUUAUUGUUGAUGAUUGCAAUGAAGACAAGAAGGAUAUUGUUGGAAGGAACCAAGUUAAGGAUGCUUCUUACCUUACUGAGGUUGCCAAAAUCUCAGGCAAGAUGAACUUCUAUGACCACAUCACCUUGGGUAAUUGCUCACCGCUGGAGGCCAAACAGAAAAUCUUGGGAGAGGUGAUCAAGCUUGGCCACAAGAUCUUUGUUAGCAUGGAGUUCGAGGAGGAGAGCGAACUGGAAAGACAGCUGCAGAUGGUCAGGGGCGAGUGUGAUGAUGCAAAACUCAAAAUUUCCAGCCUCACGAAGGAAGCGUCAACUCUCAAGAAGAAGCUGGAAAAACAAACUAAGGAGUUGGAGGAUAGGGAUGCGAACUUGGUCUUGGCGCAAGCGAGUUUGGUGAGUGCGGAAGAGGAGGUGCAGCGCUUGAAGAAGGAGAUCGAGGAUGUCGCUGCCCGGAAAGAUCAGGAGAGAGCGGAGGCUUUAGAGAAGGAGCGUGAGGAGGCUCGCUCAAAUCAAUCUAUGCGGAACUCUCUGUCCGGAGCGAUUGAUAUCUUUGAGCGGAACCUGGCUGAGGAGAAGAAUCAAACAGGACCCUUGAAUGAGGAGCUUAGCAGGCUUUACAAACUUGCCUGUGAUACCCUGUUCCAGUAUUUCAUGGAUAAGGGUGUGAUUGACAAGAAGGUUCUGCUGGCGCUGCAGGGGGAGGAGAAGAAGAAGAAGUAUGAUCAACUCAAGGCGGCCGCCAAAGAUCGUGCUAGCAGUCAAGCGCCCUCCGGAGCUGAUAGUGGAGAGGCGGAUGUGUCCGAGGAGGAGGAUGAUUCCGGAACACAAACGACCAAUACCACUACUGUCACGACAUUCACUUUCGAUAUCACCCCCAGCACCCAGCUUCCGGUCACUCCUAGCUUGACUCCUCAAACUGGCUAUUCCUUGGAUAUUGACAGUUAGGCUUCGGUUCUCUGCUUUUUUGUUGUUUUAUUUUUGCUAUGCUUUCCUCUUAAUUUUUGUUGGAUAUUUGGACAAAGUUUGUGUAUGGAUACAUAUCUUGGUGGGGACGGUCCUGCCAGAUUUUAAGAUUUUUCUAGCGUCUAAA